AUCCCCCACCCCCCCGAGCACGGCGUCGAGCACCCCGCGCGCGCGCACGUGAGGCAGGCAGGCGGCCACCCAGCGCCCCCAUCCUACUACGCCAUGGCGUUCGCGCUCAAGGCCGCCGCCUCCACCGCCGGGUCGGCGUCGCUCGCCGCCGCGGGGCCCAGGCGGGGCGCCGCGCCGGCCGCGGGGAGGGUCUCGUUCCGGGGCGCGGUCGCCGGGCCCGGGGUCGCCGUCAGGGCAGCGGCGGCCGCCGUGGCGCAGGAUAAGCGCAGCAUCUCCGGGACCUUCGCCGAGCUCAGGGAGCAGGGGAAGACUGCCCUCGUUCCCUUCAUCACUGCUGGUGACCCUGACUUGGCCACCACAGCGAAGGCACUCAAGAUCCUUGAUGCGUGUGGUUCAGACGUGAUUGAAUUGGGUGUGCCUUACUCUGAUCCAUUGGCUGAUGGCCCUGUUAUUCAGGCCUCUGCAACACGUGCGCUAGCAAAAGGCACCACGUUCGAGGAUGUCAUCUCCAUGGUUAAGGAGGUGAUACCUGAGCUGUCCUGCCCAGUGUCGCUUUUCACAUAUUAUAACCCGAUUCUGAAGCGCGGAAUCCCAAACUUCAUGACCAUUGUUAAGGAAGCUGGUUUACAUGGCCUUGUGGUACCUGAUGUUCCUUUGGAAGAGACAGAUAUUUUGAGGAGCGAGGCUGCUAAGAACAACCUUGAGCUGGUGCUACUGACAACACCAACUACACCAAAUGAAAGAAUGGAGAAAAUUGCACAGGCUUCAGAAGGAUUUAUUUAUCUUGUAAGCACUGUUGGAGUUACUGGUACACGUGCGAAUGUAAGCAACAAGGUGCAAUCUCUUCUUCAGGAUAUCAAGAAGGUCACAGAAAAACCCGUGGCGGUUGGCUUUGGUGUGUCAACUGCUGAGCAUGUGAAGCAGAUUGCAGGUUGGGGUGCAGAUGGUGUGAUCGUUGGUAGCGCGAUGGUUAGGCUAUUGGGGGAAUCUGCUUCUCCUGAAGAAGGAUUGAAGAAGCUAGAAGAGUUAGCCAAGAACCUGAAGGCUGCAUUGGAAUGAACCAACCAUUUUCUUGAGAACACUUGAAAGAUUUCUUCCUUUUUAUUUUCCAGUUUAGGAUUGCGGGGUUGUUCUUUUGUGGCGAAAAUAAGUAUGUCCUUAUGUUGAAUGCUCAAUUGAAUAAAUCAAGGUCAUUAUAUUAAAAGCGCAGAAGACAUUCUUCAUAUACGUUGCACGGGGAACUGGUUGAGAGUCGCCUCUAGUGAAUAUGAAUAAGGUCAUGAUCA